ACAGGAUCAUUUCAAGUCACAUCUGAGACCAACAACAACAUCCUUAUUUAAGAAAGUGUGUUAUUUGUUUGAGUGAAAGAUAUGGCGCCAGUAAAAGGACCCCUCACCCCAAUCCAGGUUGAGAACCUUCAAUUUCCGGCGUCGAUUACCUCUCCGGCCACCGCCAAGUCUUAUUUCCUUGGUGGCGCAGGGGAGAGGGGUUUGACGAUUGAGGGGAAGUUCAUAAAAUUCACAGGCUUAGGAGUGUAUUUGGAAGAUAAAACAGUGGAUUCACUCGCCACCAAGUGGAAGGGCAAGAGCUCACAGGAGUUGCUGGACUCCCUUGACUUCUACAGAGACAUCAUUUCAAGCCCCUCUGAGAAGUUGAUUCGAGGGUCGAAGUUGAGGCCAUUGAGUGGUGUGGAGUAUUCAAGAAAGGUGAUGGAGAAUUGUGUGGCACACAUGAAGUCUACUGGAACUUACGGUGAAGCAGAGGCUGCAGCCAUUGGGAAAUUCGCAGAAGCCUUCAGGAAUCUGGAUUUUCCACCAGGUUCCUCUGUUUUCUACAGGCAAUCACCCGAUGGAGAAUUAGGGCUCAGUUUCUCUCCAGAUGAUACUUUACCAGAAAAAGAAGCUGUGGUCAUAGAGAACAAGGCACUCUCAGAGGCAGUGUUGGAGACGAUGAUUGGCGAGCACGCUGUUUCCCCUGAUUUGAAGCGUUGUUUGGCUGAAAGGUUGCCUGCUGUGCUGAACCAAGGUCUUCUCCUCAGUGGAAACUGAUGGAUCGGAAGGUUGAAAGUGCUGGCUGCUGCUACAAAAGAUAAACAAAUCCGAGCUUGUGUGUCAGUGUGUGAUCUUUUACCUUCCUAUCAAUAAAGUGAUCUAAGUGUUAUUGUUUUAUCGAUCACUCUUAUAUGAAAUGAAAACAGUGUUUUGUUUGUUCAAAA